AUCAAGCACCUAGGCAUGUAGACUGCUUCUAUAAACAUUUGUGAAAGAAUGGGUCGCUCUUAGGAGCUCAGUGAAUUCAAACAAGGUACCGUGAUAAGUUGCCACUUGUGCAAUAAGUCCAUCCGUGAAAUUUCCUUGCUACUAAAUAUUCCACGGUCAUCUGUUAGUGGUAUUAUAACAAAGUGGAAGCAACUGGGAACAACAACAAUUCAGCCACGAGGUGAUAGGCCACGUAAAAUUACAGAGCGGGGUCAGUACAUGCUGAAGAGCACAGUGUGCAGAAGUCACCAACUGUCUGCAGAGAUAAUAGCUAAAGACCUCCAAACUUUGUAUGACCUUCAGAUUAGCACAACAACAGUGCAUAGAGAGCUUCAUGGAAUGAGUUUCCAUGACCUAGCAGCUGCAUCCAAGCUUUACAUCACCAAGUGCAAAGCAAAGCAAAGCGAUGGAUGCAGUGGUGUAAAGCAUGCCGCCACUGGACUCUAGAAUGGUACUUACCUGACUGCAUUGUGCCAAGUGUAACGUUU